AUGGAAGAGGGAAAGAGUGUACCUGAAAUUCAACAGGCACCAGUCCAUUGCCACGACGAGAAGGCGCUGAUGCGGAGGGUUGACUGGCAGUACAAGAUAAUUCUGCUUCCUCUUAUGUUUGCUGCCUACAUGCUUCAAUACCUGGAUAAAACCGCGCUUGGAAAUACUGCGAUCUUUGGAAUAAUGGAGUCCUUAAAUAUGACAAGUGGAGAGUAUUCAUGGGCUUCCAGUGCCUUCUAUUUUGGUUUCUUGGUGGCAUCCUACCCGAUCUCCCUAUGCUUCGUCAAACUUCCAAUCGGGAAGUUUCUGUCCAUUUCCUUCCUUUCAUGGGCUGUAGUCGUGGCGUGCCAUGGUGCAACAUCCAACUUUGCCGGUCUUGUGGCCGUUCGUGUCUUACUUGGGGUUUUUGAAAGUACAAUUAGCCCAGGUCUGUCACUGGUCACUAGUUUGUGGUACAAACGCUCCGAGCAUGCCUCUAGGCAUGGGAUAUGGUUUGCGGGAAAUAGCAUUUCGUCCAUUUUCGGCGGACUCUUAACUUAUGGAAUCGGUCAUAUUGACAAUUCAGUUGAGCCAUGGAGAUGGAUAUUCAUCAUAUUCGGCAUCGUCACCUUUGCAUAUGGAAUCGUAUUCUUGAUUUUCUUGCCAGAUGACCCUCGUAACGCCCAAUUCAUUUCCAAAGAAGAGGGAGAAUUCAUUCACCGACGCGCUCAGCAGGAGACGCAUACUGAAUUUUCGAAAAUAUGGUCAAAAAGCCAAUUUAUUGAAGCACUCAUAGACCCCAAGACUUGGCUUCUCUUUGUGUACGCCAUGGGAUCCUGCAUCCCCAAUGGAGGUCUCACAAGUGUAAUUAUCGCUCGACCACACUUCAUGAAGUAUUGCUAA